AUGGCACAAUUCAAGCAGUGGGCACUGGAAUAUGUGCUUGCUGACGAUGAGCCUGUGAAGUUACAACUCACCAAGAAAGCCGCCAAGGGUAAGAGGCACAGUACACGACUUCCCUAUGAUUCCCGAGCAAGCAGCACCGUUGUGGGAAACUGGGCCGCCUCUGUUCACCAAUGGAUGACCUUGACGCAUUCCAACGACGAUGACCAAUUGGAAGAUGAAGAUGAAAGGGCAAAUGGUGAUAUUGUUUCCAGAGCGAAAGCUCUGGGUUUUCUCGCCGGCACCUUGGAGGCGCUCGACAAAACUAUUCUUAGACCCGAUCAAGGUUUGACUAUCUUAGUCCAGCGGUUGAUCGGCUUCUUCGGUGCCAUGUUUUCCUACGAUCACAAAGCAGGCAUUACAGCGUCUGCAAAAGCCCUACGACAGCUGUAUUCCAUGAAGAACUUCAAGCCAGAGAUGGGGAUCAAAGUCUUGGAAGAUGUCUCCAAGCUGAAGGAAGAUUUCCGGCUACAGACUGCCGUUACCAGACUUGAGCUUUAUGAGUUGUUUCUCAGCUUGGUGGAAGACCCAGCAGUCAGCAGCGAACUUCAACACAAGUACGGCUCCUCAUGCGGCUUUGCCCUUGAUCUCCUCCAGCUCUGCUCGAGUGAGCGAGACCCAAGAAACCUUAUGAUCUGGUUCAAAAUCAUCAGACGACUCCUCACCGAAUUCUCACCAUCACCCGAGGUCACCGAAGAGAUUUUCAAAGCCUUCUCUGCCUACUUCCCCAUUUCUUUGCGGAGCUCGGCCACCCCAAUAGGAAUCACAGCCGAGGACCUCAAGGAGGCGGUGCGGAACUGUUUUUCAUCGCAUCAACGUGUUGCCCCUUUUGCCUUUCCAUUUCUCAUGCAGAAGCUUGAUCAAGGGGAUGCAGUCACGGUGGCUGUCAAGGUCGACAUUCUGAGAACCAUCAAGGCGUGUAUCGAAGAGUACGAAAACCCGCAGGCUAGCGUUGUCCCAUACAUCAAAAAGAUCUGGGGGUCCCUGAAAUACGAAGUACGAAACGGGGAGGUAAAGGAGAGCAUCGACGCCACCAUCGAAGUGCUCCGUGCUAUUGCCAGAAAGCUCGAUGGCUCGAAAACUCACAAGCAUGAAGUCACCCUGCUGAAGAACUACAUCGACCUGGUGUUUGGAGACUGCAAAGACGACCUUUCCAAUCCGACCUACACGAAACAAGCAGGUCUUCUGUUAUUGACGGUUGUCACCGCAAGCAUCAAGGGCUAUGUGUUUUACAAUGCUAGCUUCAUCGAUAUCAUCCGCCAAAAUCUUCGACAACCAAAGUCUCCGACUCAUACCCGAGACCUUCUGCUACUUGUGAACUCUAUUCUCAAGACACGGAUAGAGCUCUUUAAGAACCGGAAAGUUGGACAUCCCGAUGAUGAGGAGCAAUUACGUUCCGAGCCACGCACCCACCUCGUUAGCCUCUUCCACGAUGUCUACCUACCAAUAUGGACUGGCAAGGCCAGUGAAUCUGAUUCCAAAGAGAGCGAUGUCCUGAAACAAGUCGCUCUUGGUCUUGGCUUGCUUGUCAGCCAGCAAGCUUUGGAUACGAAGGGCGAGGUGUCACUCCUCUGCUCUGGGGCUAUCUGUUUUGAGAUCUGCAACCUUCUCACUGUCACACUUGUGAAGCCUCUGACCCUGAGUUCCAAUGACAAUCAGAGUCAGGAUGCGACGCUGGAAGAUGACGUUGUGCUUGCUCUGCGCACAAUCAUCAUGAGUUACACAGAUGGCUAUGGGCAUAUUCUCAAGCCAGCCAGAAAGGAAAUCCAGAAGCGCGACUGGACUGGUCCUUCUGAGUAUUCGCUGGAGGCUCUGAAGAUUCUGCUUUCUCGACUGGCGUUCAUCGGGUGCUCAGAGAUUCCGACCCAGGUCAAGUCUGACACGGAGCCGGAACACCCAUACAGCCCGCUGCGGCACUAUGACGCGUGGCUGCGGACGCUAGUAUACCUCUUCCCACUGUCGGCUCAGUCCCUUACUGCCAACUCGUACAUUUUGUCGUCUCUUCAUGCGUCGGUCAUAUGGUUCCGUGACGCCUGUGAAGCAAGGUACGGGACUGGUGCACUGGCCCAGUAUUCAAAUAGCGACAAGAACUGGCUUGCGGAAUUUGAGCAGCUUCCAGGUACAUUCUUCAGUCAGGCGGAGGGUCAAUCUAUACUGCCAGACGAAGUUGCUUCAAGCUUUGGCGAGGAUGACCCCGAGACGUAUCUCCAGUUCCUGCGACUCAGCUUGUUCAUCGUGAGGGGAUUUUACAAGGGUGCCAAUAGUGAAGCACCAUGGUCAGAGCAAGCGCUUGUUCAGCUUGCUCAGACGGCUGCCUUGGUUGUGCGAAGCCUCGAUGAAAAGUUGCAGGUGUCUUGUAAUCUGGCCCGCGAGGCAUUCAGCUUGUUCAAGACCUCCGAGGACAAGCCCUGCGCUAGCCCAUUGAGUGUAGCAGAGAAGUUUAUCUGCGAUACAUCCGACCUUGGCUCCUCGCCACGAGCAAGCGAUAUCAAGGCCGCCGUUGGAGCCAUCUAUUCCAACAAGUACCCAGCUGGACCUGCUGCAUCUGAGGAAUACCAGACCUUGAAGCGUGGUUUGGAAUUCUGGACGAACUACAUCAAGAACGCCGUCAGAUCAUCAGACAUCGACUCUGGCAGCUUCCACUCCUUCACCAACGUUGCUAUGCACACCGUUGCCGGGGCCGUGGCCCGUCAAGAGAAAUUCGUCCUUGACCUCAUCCCUAUCCUCCACGAGGCGGCUGCUAGCCCAAGCCCCAACGGGGAAAUCGUCGCUCGUUCCAUGGGCAUCCUAGUCCAACCCAACAGCGAAGUUUUGAACAAGGAGAGCCACGCGAACAUCAAGCGGUUCUACAAGCAAUGGGCUUACAACUUCCUCGUCCGCCCAUUAUACGACCUUGCCCGCCCAGGUAGCGACAAGGACCCCAAGGCCACAGCCCGUUACUCCAUCAUGAUUCUCUCAGUGAUCAAGAACUGUCCUUUUACCGUCUACCAGGACGAUCUCGAGUCUCUGCUGCGUCUCCUUGUCACCGCACUGAGCAACAAGAAGGACGACAGUGUCCUCUCCGAGGAGGCCGCGCAGGCGCAGGUGAUUGCCGCUUUGGAAAUCCUGGUUGAUAUCCUGGCCAACGAGCCAAGCGCUCUCAAGGGUUUCUUGAAGGAGAUCAUCAGUGGGACGACCAAGGUGUAUCAGGAAUCAGCCACCUCGAACAAGACGCUCCACAAGACUCUGACAACCUGCCGGAAGUUGUCACUGCAGGUGCUCGGUGCGCUACCAAAGACGUUUGAGGAGCGCUAUCUCCUUUCUUUCUCGCGCCCAACACAGCGCAUGCUGGCUUCGGCGUGUGGCGACCCUGUGAGAAAGGUGCGUGAGGCUGCGCGGUCAGCCAGGGCUAACUGGGCGAAGGUUGUUUAG